CUGAGCUGAGCAGCCAGAGUGGAGAGGUGUGGAGGCGCGAGGUGGAGGCAAGAAGAGGCUUUUCCCAAGACUUCUCCACCCACUUCCUAGCCUCUCUCUUUCCUGGUAUGGAAGAUCUGCCUCCUAAUUUUGCAACCUCUCUACCAUCCCAGUUUGACAUGGCUCUCCCUAAGGUUACCAAAGAAAACAUAGAUGAACUGAGAAGACUGCUGCUGGAACUUUCUCACUGUCUGGUCAUUGGUGAGGUUCUGGCGGUUCCUCCUCUGCUUCGCCAUUUCACAGCCGCCCUCAAUACACAGGAGGAGAGGAGGAGGAGGAGGAGGAGGAUGAAGAAGAACGAGGAGCAGGAAGACAAGGAGCAGGAGGAGGAGGAGGAAAAGGAAGGCUCAAGGAGAUGAAAGAAGAGGAGGGAGAGGAGGAAGAGGAAGAAGAAGAGGGAGGAGGAGGAGGAGGAGGAGAAGUGGGGCUCUGUGAAGACCAAACAGCAUUUUACAGCUCUUCCUGACUACCCAAAGCACAUCAAACUGGACAAGCACAGUUUUGAAGAAGAGGAAGAGGAAGAGGAAGGAGGAGGGGGAGGGUUAGGUGUGGCCCUCCCUCCUCCUCCCACACCACUGCAGUCCCAGCCUCUGAUUGGCCAGCUCUCAGCCAAUCAAGAGAGAGACUUUAUGGCCUUGCAGGUUGAAUUGAGUGAAGCAAGAGUGGAAGUAGAGAGGCUGAGAGACAGACUGGGACAACUUGGUGAUUUGAAGGGACAAGUGAAUGCACUGAGAGAGAAGGUGAAGGUGGAGGGCAGUUCCUACCUGUCGUAUGUGUCUCAGGUGUCGUCGUCAAUCUUGGACUUGAUAUUCCAGAUACAAGACGAGAACACAAGCAAGAGGAAGGAGGAGGAGGAAGAGGAGAGGAAGAGAUCGGACAGCCUUCACCAGCAGCUGACAGAGACCCAACACAAGCUGGCAGACACUCAACACAAGCUGGCAGACACACACAGACUGGCUGAUGUUUAUAAAGGCCAGUUGGAAGAUGCUCACAGGGAGAUUGAAAUAUAUAUGGACCAAUUGCAUAGACAAGAACAAAGCCUACAGGUAAAUAUGUAA